CUAGUUCGAUCAGCCCAGUCCGAGUCGAUCAACUCGCGGUUUCCCGCCCGAUGGACUUCACCAGGCAAAUAUGCUAACUGUGGCCUGUCGCAAUCCUCGAUGCUCACCUGUCUCCGGCCUUUUUUAUCUCUCCAGCGCCCCUCCUUCAUGAAUCCGAUCAUUGCUGUCGUCGGUGCGACAGGCACGGGCAAGUCAAAGUUAGCUUGCAGUGGAUCUGGCCUUGCGGUUUAAUGGAGAGGUUAUCAAUGGCGAUGCCAUGCAGAUGUAUCGUGGUCUCCCCAUCAUCACCAACCAGAUCCCCGUCGAGGAACGAAGCGGAAUCCCGCACCACUUAAUUAGCUGUGUUGAGCUGGAGGAACAACCCUGGUGGGUGGGUAGAUUCAGGAACGAAAGUCUCCGACUCAUCGAGGACAUCCAUGCCAGAGGGAAAGUUCCCGUCCUGGUCGGCGGAACUCACUACUACACACAGGCAGUCCUUUUCAAGGACCAGCUGGUUGGCGAGGAGAAUGCCUCGGGAGAUGUGGAAGACGAGGCGGCCGAUCGCGUGGCCAAGGACAACGACCUGAACUCCUCCACCAAAUGGCCCAUCCUCGAUGCGCCCACUGAGGUGGUCCUACAGAAAUUGAGAGAGGUCGACCCGGUCAUGGCCAAUCGAUGGCAUCCGAAUGAAACGCGCAAGAUUCGUCGCUCCCUAGAGAUUUAUUUCCAAACCGGCAGGCCCGCGUCCGAGGUCUAUGCAGAGCAACAGCGGACGAAGCAAGCAGCCAUGACCUGUGACUCGUCCCUUGCGGGCGCCGGUCAGUUACGAUUUCCGACCAUGGUAUUUUGGGUACACUCGGAGAAGGAAACGCUCACCAAUCGACUGGACAAACGCGUAGAUGGGAUGAUAGAGCAAGGGCUGAUGGCAGAGGCAAGACACAUGUCGGAUUAUCUUCGGGAGAGGAAAGCUCAAGGCGUCUCAGUCGACCAGACCCGCGGUGUGUGGGUGUCUAUCGGCUACAAGGAGCUAGCGCCCUAUUUCGAGGCGCUAUACACUGGUUCAGUGGAUGAGGCCGGGCUAGAGACUCUCAGGCGAUCCGGUGUCGAGUCGAUAAAAACUGCAACGCGGCAGUAUGCAGUGUCUCAGAUUAAAUGGAUUCGAAACAAGUUAUGGAAAGCCCUUGCAGAUGCUGGUUCGACCAACCGUCUUUACCUUCUAGAUAGCACAAACGUCGACGCAUGGGAGCAGAGCAUCACGGAACCAUCUGAACGUCUUGUUCGUGCUUUACUAAAUGACGAGCCGACCCCCGAUCCGAAGUCGCUGUCGGAACUUGCAAGAACAGUUCUGAGCGCCAAAGAGGCGCAACCGCAGGAGUCAGCGCCUAUAGCAAAAUGCAGGACGUGUGAUGUUUGCCGCAAGACAAUGACCGGUGAAGAGCAGUGGCAGAUCCAUAUCAACGGACACGCCCAUAGAAGAGCUCUCAAAAGUGCGGCCAAGCGGGCCGCCCGUGAUGACUUUCUACGGAGGCGACAAGAAAAGCUAAAGGACGUCCAGGAAGAGGAUCGCGGAUGCGCUACUGAGGCAGAUAUGAGGGCACCGCCCCCUUUGGCAUAGAAGAUAGACAAUUACACCAGUAUAAACGCCAAGUGGACCGAGGCGCAACGAAUGGCAACAUAGAGGUAUCUGCGAGACACCUGGGACUAUCUAGGGCGAUGAUCCGACUCAGUAUAUACUCGUAAAUCAACAUGUCUGCAU